AUGCCCAGCCCUGGGCCGCCCGCUCCCUCGGGCACUCGGAUCCAGUCCCCGCGCUCAGGCGACUCUCCCGCGCUCCCGCGCCUCCCCGCGGGCUCAGGCUCGCCCCGCGCUCCCGGACGCCUCGAGUCCUUCUCCGUCGAGGCCAUUCUGGCGAGGCCCGAGCCCCGGGCGCCGGCCUCCUCCCCGCGGUCAGGCUCCGCCUGCGCCGACCCGAGCCCCCGGACCGCUCUUUCCCUGUCUCCCGCCCCGGUUCUGCGCUGGGCGUGCCCGGCGACUUGGCUGCCCGCCUGCCUGAAUGUAGGCGUCUACCCGCUGUGCCCUCAGCCCCCUAUGCCGGGGCAGCGCAUGGCACACUUCUGCGGCCUCCAGGGCCUCGGCGUCACAGGCUUGGAGCUGGCUCACUGCCCAGGCCUCUGGAGUCCGCCAGACUGGGCCCCAACCAAGCAUCUUCAGGACACUGAGAGACACCAAAAGAGGAUCCGAACUAUGUUUAACUUGGAGCAGCUGGAAGAGUUGGAGAAAGUGUUUGCAAAACAGCACAAUCUGGUGGGGAAGAAAAGAGCCCAGCUGGCAGCCCGGCUCAACCUUACAGAGAACCAGGUGAGGGUCUGGUUCCAAAACCGCAGGGUCAAGUAUCAGAAGCAGCAAAAGCUGAAACUGCCAGUCACAUCUGCUGGGGCUGCCUCUCCGGACGAGCCCUCUAGCAGCUCCAACAUCAGCAUCCAGAGUGAAGACACUGAGUCUGGACUGGACAGCUGA